GUACACAAGGUCGCCAUCAUCGGGGCGGGGCCGAGCGGUCUUGCGGCGGCGAAAUACCUGCUCGCUCAAGGGCAAGAUGUCUUCCAACAGGUCGACAUCUUUGAGCAACGCGGCGAGGUCGGCGGGGUGUGGAAACAUACGCCGUGGAUUACGGGGGCAACGAGAGAAGCAGCGGACAGCAAAGUGGUGGACAAAGUGCCGCUUACAGAUCCGUUCGUCGAGCCGAUAUUCCCCUCGCCAAUGUACGACGAGCUCAAUACCAAUAUCCCGCACACCCUCAUGCAGUUCUCGGACAAGCCAUUUCCAAAAGACUGCGAGAUCUAUCCGACCAGGCAGAUCGUCCAGGACUACCUUGUUGAGUACGCGCGGGAUGUGCGGCACUUAAUUCGAUUCGCGACGCAGGUCGUUGAUGUCUCUCUCGUGGAAGAGCACGCGUUGCUGUCCCCCUCGCCGGCUACCAAGGAUGGUCCGCAUAUCGUCAGGGAGAAGUGGACAGUCGCGAGCCGCGACCUGCGCACUAACAAGACCACAAGCGCAGUGUAUGACGCCGUGGUCGUGGCGUCAGGACAUUACGCAACCCCCUACAUCCCCGACGUCCCGGGCAUCCGCGAGUUCCACGCCGCAUAUCCAGACGUGAUAUCACACUCCAAGUCGUACCGGAACCCCAGCGAUCCGCGGUAUGGCUGCACACCAUCAGGAGCACGCAAGGUCGUCGUGGUAGGAAACUCGGCCUCGGGGCUGGAUAUCGCGGCACAGAUUCGGCGGGCUAGAGCCGGAGCUGCAGACGGCGGGACGAAUGGCAAAAGAACUGCGUCGCUGAUAUCAUCGGCCGCCCCGAUUGCACGGUUCCUGGUCGAGGAGAAGGGGGUCGAAUUCCAGGACGGAAGGAUUGAGUAUGGAGUUGACAGGGUGCUGUUUGCGACAGGGUUUCUGUAUACAUUUCCUUUCUUGAAGGGUUUAAGUCUAGAGUCUGAGACACCACUGAUCACCAACGGCCGCCGCGUGCACAACCUCGCAAAGCACUUCCUCCAUACUGUUCACCCGACCAUUGUCUUCCCCGGCCUCCCGAUCAAAGUCAUCCCUUUCCCCUUGGCGGAAGCCCAGGCCGCAGUGUUCUCGCGGAUAUGGGCAAACUUGAUUCCCCUGCCUUCCCAGGCCGUCCUCCAGGAAUGGGAGCGCGAGCCCGCCGAGGCCGCGGAACGCAAGUGGGCAAAGGCGGAGAGGGGCUAUCACGUCUUCGAGACCGGGGGCGACGGGAAGUACAUCAAUGAGCUGCACAGCUGG